AUGGAUGGACCCUCUAUCGGGGUGGAUUGUCCUCCGACAGCCCGUCGGGGAAUCCAACGCGUCAAGACUGGCUGCCGCACUUGCAAGGCUCGCCGAGUUAAGUGCGAUGAACAGCGGCCGUCUUGUUGGCGCUGUACCUCUUCAGGCCGAGAGUGCGAAGGAUACGGCGUCUGGGGCGGCGGGCAUCCAAGUCGCCCCCCGGCUCAACCCCUCGAUCUACACCGUCCUAACAAUACGGGCCCUGUAGGCCGCCUCAACGCAGAAGACCGUCGGGUUCUUGAGUGGUUCUUGCUAGCCAGACUCCAAGGGGUAUUUCCCUUUUCAUUCUGGGAAAGUCUGGUUCCGCAGGCAUGCUACAAUGAGCCCGUCAUUCUAAGUUGUGUUUUGGCACUGGGUUCUGUCCACAAAAGAGCAUUCAUGGACAAAGGGCCCACAAACUCACAGAGUGAGGUUAACAACCUGGAGUCGACUACCCUACGACAUUACAACACGGCUAUCAACUUACUGAAUGGGUCACAGUCGGAUGGAAGCAGGGCAUCGACCCGGGUAACCCUCACUGCGUGUCUGACGUUUGUGAUCAUAGAGUACCUCCAAAAGCGCCAAGCGCAGGGCCUACUACAUCUUCAAUAUGGUUUGCAGAUACUGAAAAGUCAGGAGUAUGACAACAUGCGGCAGUCUUCACGCGAUCCUGUGGAUGAUUGGCUCGCAGAAGCUUUCGGUCGACUAGACGUUCAGGCCAGGCUAUUGUUCGAUGCUACAACAGACAAGCAGUCUCACUUGAGUAAUCGGGCGAGCAAGGAGCGCCCUAUUACACUGAGAUCACUACACGAAGCGAGGCAGCAUCUGGAUCUUCUUGUAUCAGAAGCGUUUCGACUACAACGUCAGGGUCGUAUCACCGAAUCCUCAGCCAAUACUAGCCGAUUAUUCGAGGCUCUCAUUAUCCAACAACAGCUUCAAAGAGACCUCGGCUCUUGGCUGCAAGCUUACCGGACUUGGCGGACGGGGCCGCCGACAUCUUUACCUCAGCCGCAGUCUUCACUUCCGGAACGACUUGCUCGACGCUUACUCUUGAUCUACCAUACAAUGGCGGGCAUCAUCACAGCUACGGCUUUAUAUUCAGGGGAUGAAACAGCUUUUGACCGAUACAUGCCACAAUUUUCUUCCAUAAUCGCUUCGACGAAAGACAUUCUCGAGGCAACCAGACCUGUCAUUGCAAGCCGCGUCUUAUCACAUGGUCACUGUUCCCAAACGUUCAGCUUCACUAGCGACAUGGGCAUAGUUCCACCUUUAUACUACACAGCGCUUAAAUGCCGUGAUCCGCGGAUGAGGCGGGAUGCUUUGUCGAUACUUGAGACAGAGACUCACCAAGAAGGAAUCUGGGAUGGGCCAACAGCAGCCCUCAUCGCCGCUGAAGUCAUUCGACUAGAGGAGACCCCUUAUCCCGAACAAGACGAGAUCCACGACGAAGAUAGGGUCACGAAUGGACGUCGCAAUAGUACCUCGUCGGAGUCAGGUUUUCCUCGGCUAUGGAGAAUAUCCGACAUCCAGGUCGAGCCCCCUCAUAGCCCUGAAAUGGAAUUGGUGAUCGUUUGCAGACGCAAGUUGGAAGAUGGCACUCGGACAGUUAUGAAACGGAGACAUAACGGUUUUCAUUGGCAUUGA